UAUUUCAGGAAAUUUUAAAAAUCUAUAUAUAAUAAAAUGAAAGUAAUUAAUUUUCAGUGUUUUCAUGUUGCAGUUGAUCAACAUGUUGGCCUUUUGCUUCCCGUAGAUACUUUAAAAUUUCUUCAUAACACCUCGUUCGCACACAUGGCCGUAUAUAUUUAAAUUCUUGAGCCACUAACAGUCCGAAAUACUCAUUUCUUUUAUCCUCUUCUCCAUAAAUUAAGCAUUUAGAACAGUUUGUUUCUUCUUUCAGUAAAUUUUCUUUUACUUUAUCCUCGUUUUUUUCUUUGUUGCGACGACGCUGGGUAAAUCAUCUGGACACUGGGUCUCACUAUCGCCAAAUAUAUUUGGAGAUCGGCUUCGGCUACGGCUUGGCAGACAUUUUUUUCUUUCUACAAUUUUAAAUUAAAUUUAUUAGAAUAAAUGCUUCGAACACACGCGAUCUAAGUACCUUUUGUGUUUAUUAUACCUUACCUACCUAGGUAUAAAAAGAGUACUUACGUAGAUUUUCUUUUAUUAACUGUUUUAUACGAAGAUCUUGAUCUCUCAAAUUAGCAUCCAUUUUACUUCCAGUGAUUAUCAACUAAAUUAAUAAUCCACAAAGUAUUAAAUAACGUUUUUAUGAAAUAUUUAGCACAAAAACAAUACCCUUUAAAUAUCGAUCGUCAGUAACUGUGGCUGACUUACCUAUAUUCUAGCAAGCAGGACUGCCAGAUGUGAAGGGGAAAUCCCCAAUAAAUUGUUGCAUGUGACUGAUGAUGUGAGCAUGUUCGUUUCAUAAUAAAAAUGUUGCCAGGUAACCAAAAAGUCGUAUGUUUUUGUGCGAAUUACGAUCAUAAUCUUUACGAUCGUACAUUAAAAAAUAGACAAAUAAUAGUAUGAGUACGAUUUAAAUCGUAUAUCUGUCAACCCUGCUAGCAAGACAGCGACAAAAUCACGUUGCAUAACAAUGUAGCCCAAGCUUAUAUCUUAUGAAAUAUACGGAAGAGAUACGGACUUAGAAAAAACAGAAAUGUUGUUCUUUGUGGAAGUCAUUGAUGAAAUUCUAUGUAUUUUAGCCCGCAAACUUUCUUCAAACAAAAACAGCGCCAUCUAGUAUCGAGUUCUGUAAUUAUCUCUUUGUUUAUGGAUUUGAAGUAAGACCGCCACGCAUGCAAUACAUUAUGACUGGGGAUUCCCCUAUUCGUCGACGCUGAAUAUGAGGCGACGACAAUCACUGUCAAACGUGUUCACUAUUACUCUGACUCUGGUAACGUGACUUCCUGGUAACGUGUUAGGUAGGAAAAGCAGUAAAAAAGUGCAUAUUAAGGGAGCAGAUUUGAAAUAAUAUUUAUACUUAACAAGAAAUAAUUAAAGGUUCAAUGGGGAGACCUAAAGAUUUACGCAUAUGGGAGCACUACCGUACUUUACCAAACAAGUCUGUUUCUUGCAAGCUUUGUAAUAAGGUCUACAAAUUCAGUAAUGCUGCCAAAAUGCUUCAACAUCUUAUCACUUGUCCAAAAUCUCCAGAAACAUUAAAAGACUCUAUGAAACUUAUAAAAGAUAGCUCGUCCAAAACCAAAAUGUCUGGACUGUCAGAGAUAGAGACAAAUGAUUCUUUUAUAAGCCCCUCGUCGUCUGCUAACACUACAAUAAAUGCUGAGUUUCAAGACACCGAUGAUCAUAUAAAAACAGAAUUAGCGAGAGCUAUAUUUGUAACAGGGACGCCAUUAUCGAUGGUGCAACAUCCUUUAUGGAUACAAUUUUUCGAAAAAUUGCAACCAAAAUUUAAAAUACCUUCACGUAAAGCUUUAGCGACAAAAUACUUAGAUAAAAUAUAUAGAGAAAUGCGUUUUGAGUUAAAUGAGGAACUAAAUGCUUGUAGUUACUUACACCUUCAGUGCGAUGGCUGGUCUAAUUUAAGAAAUGAAGGAAUAAUAAACUUUCUUAUAUCAAAACCUCAACCUGCAUACGUUAAAAGUUUGAAUACAGAAAGUAAUCCUCACACUAGUGAAUACCUUAGCCAAGAAGUUGAAAAAGUAAUGAAAGUGUAUGGAGCAAAUAAGUUUCUUGUACUUAUUGGCGAUAACGCUAGAAAUAUACAAAAGGCAUUCGAAUUAACAAAACUCAAAUAUCUACAUGUUGUUCCUCUCGGUUGCUGUGCACAUAUCCUUAACUUGUUGUGCCAAGAUAUUGUAAAGAUACAAGAAGUAACUGUGUUUAUUAUGCAAGCCAUAAAUAUAAUAAAAACUGUUAAAAGGAGUCAACGAUUAAGUUCCUUGUUGAUAAAAUCAAGGCAGAGUGAAGAUUCUACACAAACACUAAAAUUGCCUUGUGCUACAAGAUGGGGAAGUCAUGUUACUUCGUUAAAAAGUUUGAAAGCAAAUAAGAUAGCUUUGCAAAUAUUAACAGUUAGAGAAGAUGUGGUAAUUUCAAGAGAUAUUAAAGAUUUAAUUCUAAGUGAUGAUUUCUGGACGAAGACAGGGGAAUGUAUAAGUAUUUUGGAACCAGUCACUGAAAGCAUAUUUUACUUAGAGAGCGACCAGAAUCGUUUGCAUCGCACAUACAUUACAUUUAGAGAUGUACAAGCUAAGAUACGUUUUGCAUUAAAUGAGAUUUCGACAUUGAGCGAAGAAAGCAAACAGCAGAUUCUAACAUCAGUAUCUUCAAGAUGCAAUAUGGCAAUGAGGCCAAUAAUAGACCCCAGGACUCUAGGAGUCGAACUUACUCAAGAGGAAGAACUUAAGGGUAUGGAGUUUAUCUACAAUUUAAGCCAACACUUAAGUUUGUCAAAUGUAAUGGCAGAUUUGGCGUGUUAUAAAGCUAAAGAAAACUUUUGGGCCAGAGGAUUUGUAUGGAGCUCAUUAGAUAGCAUUGAGCCCCUAAUAUGGUGGAAAGGUAUUUGUGGUUCCACUGAGUUAAGCAAAGUAGCGAUUCGUAUUCUAUCAGCUCCCUGUACUUCGGCAGCCACUGAGCGUUCCUUUAGUAUCCAAGGCUACAUACAUAAUAACAAAAGAAAUCGACUUACAACUGAAAGAACUGAAAAAAUUUCAUUCAUUUGUUAUAACUGGAAUCUUAAACAUAAAGCUGAAUGCGAGGACAUUCAGUUUAAUGAAGAAAAUACCUUAGAAGCUUUCAUUGAGCAAGUAAAUGAACAUAACAGUUUAGACGAAAUAGAGCCUAUCGAACCUAUACAAUUCAUCGCUUGUAAUAACUCUGAAUCUGACAGUGAUUGACUGUAGUUUUACAUUUUACUUUCAUCUCUUUCUUAAUAAACUCAAAAUCAAAUUAAAAGUUUUUUAUUCUGUAGGCUGCAUAAUAAUAUUGUCUAUGUCCAGUAUAGUGGACGUCUUGCGGCUGAGAUGACGAUGAUGAAGUACAAAAUCAUAAACACCCAAAAAUUUGGGUGUUUAUGGGGUUUAAACCCAAUAAACCCAAAACACCCGGUUUUUACCCACCAGACUUUAAACCCACCCAGGUGGAUUGCCCAUCUCUACUGCCAAAACAUUUUUUCUGACUUGGAUCAUAUUUUUUUUGUUUGUCCUAAAUUCUCACUUCAACGUUUACUUUUUAUUUGUCAAUGUCAAGAUUUAUUAAAAUGUCAAAAUAUUCCUACUUCAGUGCAGGAUCUACUAAAACAUACCAUUUUGUACCAAGAAAUUUUUAAUUAUAUUACUUCAACAAUUGGUGAAAUUUAAAUAUGUAAUUGUAACUUAUACUUUUCUACUUAACUUACUUUCUUAAUAUAUUAUAAUUAAUUUAUAACUAUAAUAAUUUUUGUAAUUUAUCU